GGAAAUCUCUUUCAACUAGGUAUCGUUAUCAACACAUAUCUCUGUAUCCAUGUUAAAGCGUGUAGCAUUACGUGAACAUCUUGUCUACCUCUUAAUGCUGUCAAGGCAUCACACGACCGACUGAACAUUUUCUAGACCGGGAUUGACACAGAUAGAUCUCACGCCUACGAAUAUAUUGUAACGCAUGUGUACGGUCACCAUGUGGAAGUGUUUGGCGUUCAUGUGUGCACUGGCAACUACCGCUCACAGCGACAGCUGCUGUGUCCCGACACAGUUUGAGUGCAGCGAGGGCACGAUGACCGGAAGUGCCGAUGACGAUGGAAAUACCGCUCUAGCUCAGGCAUUAAUUAAGUUUUCCUUCGACGGAAAUGGUAAGCGCGUAUAUUCAGUAGAGCAAGUGAUUGUCGGAAAUCAAAGCGACACAUACACCAUUCUUCAGCUGUACAACCAGGGUCAACAGUACGUUAUCCACAAUGGGGUGUGCUCUCGGGGAUCUCUAGAAACAUGGGGCAACAAAGGCUGUAUUCCAGAUACCGCGACUGUUUCCGGUACGUACCAGCUAGGUUACGGUCAGAACAUAUGGAUAACGACGUAUUCAUGGUCCAUCCCUUCCCCAACUGCGUCUGUUUCCCUUGGAGUCACAGACAACUGCGUACCUGUCGUAGAGAUUUUUACUGGGCAACAGGAAGGAACUAGUUUUCUGGCUCUCCAAGGCUUUCAAAACAUAACCCUCGGGAUCAAAGACCCGUCCGUGUUCGUUGUGCCGGACAUCUGCAAACAUCAGUCAACCUCCGUGCCAGUGCCCAUGUAUCGUCGAAGAAGAAGUACCUUGUUUUGACGAUGUUCAUUCAGCAUGUAGUACCUAAAUAUUUCCACACUUUAUGACACACCUUGUCAUCUUAAUAGUGUAUGCAUUGUAUGAUGAUAAUAAAAACAAAAACAAUA